CUUGCUACCCCAGCAUUUAGCAUUUCGUUCGACGCUUCCGCACAAUUUCCUAAGGAUAUACAGAUCUCCCACUGCCGUAGGUGACGAAAAACGAUGGCGGAAUACUUGGCCUCGAUUUUCGGUACCGAAAAGGAUAAGGUCAAUUGUUCGUUCUACUUCAAAAUUGGUGCCUGCCGUCAUGGGGACCGCUGCUCCCGCAUUCACAAUAAGCCAACGUUCUCGCAAACAUGCCUGCUGCAGAAUCUGUACGUCAAUCCACAAAACUCUGCCAAAUCCGCAGACGGUAGCCAUCUGGUAGCGAACGUGUCGGACGAGGAGAUGCAGGAACACUACGAUAACUUUUUCGAGGACGUGUUCGUCGAGUGCGAGGACAAGUACGGCGAAAUCGAGGAGAUGAACGUGUGCGACAACCUGGGCGAUCACCUGGUCGGCAACGUGUACAUCAAAUUCCGCCGCGAAGAGGAUGCCGAACGUGCCGCCAAGGAUCUGAACAAUCGGUGGUUCGGCGGACGGCCGGUGUACUCGGAGCUGUCACCGGUCACGGACUUCCGUGAGGCCUGCUGCCGGCAGUACGAGAUGGGCGAGUGUACCAGGUCAGGAUUCUGUAACUUCAUGCACCUUAAGCCGAUCUCGCGCGAGCUGCGCCGCUACCUGUACUCGCGCCGUCGAGGACGUUCCCGUUCGCGAUCGAGAUCACCCCGCCGGGGUGGUGGUGGUGGUGGAGGAGGCGGUGGUGGUGGCGGCGGUGGCGGCGGAGGAGGCGGUGGAAUCGGAGGUGGACGUGACCGUUCACGCGAUCGGCGCCGCUCGCGCAGUCGGGAAAGAAAGAACGAUCGCAACGAUAAUGGCCGAAAGGGACGAUACUGAAAAGAGAAUAGUAACGAUGGAAGGAUUUAAGCCAUCAAGCAAGAUGUAUGAAAUGGACGAAUUGCUACGAUCUUGACAACAGUUUCAUCAUCAUUUAAUUUUUUCGAGCACACGACGUACGUUCGCUGCCCCCUCGAAUUACUUUCAGCUAUUAUUAAUUGUACAACAGACACGAAAAAUACAUAUAUGUGCGACCAAA